AGCGUUUUUCUCUCUGCCUGCGAGCGAGGGAGAGCACGACCGAGAGAAGCCAGCGACAGAGAGAGGAAUACAGGGCUGCCUACUGUUACGGUGUCUCCCGGUUUCCCUUGGAUCUACAGACCUCGGCUCACACAUACACACGCAGCUGAUUGGAGGAUCGCCCAGCCUUGCAGGCACACACACACACACACUCUUGCUCUCUCUUCAGCUGCACACACACACAUUUUGCAUCUCUCCCGGGAACGCUGUGUUUAUUGGAUCAAUCCGACCAUGCUUGUCUGACGGGGACCUUGUUCUCCCUUCAUCCGGAUCCCCAUCUCCUCCUCCAUCUCUCUCUAUAACCAGCCAGACUACCGGACUUAUCCUCUGCCUUUGCCUUACCCAGUCAGCUGUUCUUUUGCAGGCAGCGUCAGGAGAACGGCUAAAGCCGGAGGAUACUGGACCUUCCCUAACCAAGUCUAACCCAGUUUAGCCCAGCCUCCUGUAGCCCAGCCUCCUGUAGCCCAGCCUCCUGUAGCCCAGCCCAGCCACCACUGCUAAUUCCAUUAACCAGACCAGAGGAGACGAGUGGAGAGGGAGUGCCUUUUUAACCAACUGCCUGUCUGUCUGCGUGGUUGUCUGCGACCAGACCCUCUUUGCAUGCACGCCUGUGGCCUCACACUGGGAACACAUACAGACCUGGAUGAUUGUGGAUGCUGAUGUACUGGAGCAGGGUCGAAGACUGUCAGCAGGGAUGACUGAAAAAGCCUGCCUGGCUGACAGACAGUUCUAAGGUUGGAGAUGGACUGAGGGGUUGGUGAUUGGAUAGUUCCAGCCACCAGCACGAUCUCCCAGCAAUCCUCCGUUGGAGGGGGGAUGAGCUCAAGGCCGGUAUCAAUGGGGGAGCCACGUGACGUCUGGAAAGCUAAAGGUUGGGUCUCUACGCCCUUCCUCGCCGUGCUCUGGAUUUAAACCUGAUAUAGCACCAGAGACCAAGCUACAGGAACCACUACCAGCUUCCCGAGUUGUCUGGAUUUUCUAUGAGACAACGCUGCAGGUAUCUUACCACUCCUAAUGCAAUGUGUGAUUGGUAGUCAUUGAAGGAUAAUGCAGGACACCUACCAUUCAGGAUCUCUUCACCUCUCUUCCUGGUCCCAUGGUUACCCGUAUCACUUGGAGAUUUUCAAGUCCGCACCGUAACGUUGCCCUAACGCUCGUUCAACGCCCCCCGUAGGUUUCCUUCGUCCUGAGACCUCUCUGUGGUUAACAACCGGGGAAAACUGAAGGAGCUCAAACGCCACCUGACGCAGCGACUCCAUGAACAGGGGGGAUGGCGAGGAGUCUGAGUCGCCGCCGUCGAGGCUCUGAUUUUGAGUUAACAAGCUGUCAGAGUAUUGGCUGACUGUCCACUAUCACCCUCCACCAAUCUGGAUGGUGGAUAUUAGCACGCUGUCUCGGCAGAACGGGACACCACCGGCUACUACAGAGCUAAUGCCGUCUCCACUUCUACUACUAUGACUGUUGUUGGCCGUUACGGCGCUGACAGCAAUAACAUUAUCGCAGGAGCGGAGAGUUAUUAAUAAUAUAUGAUUGUGGAUACCUGGAGGCGAGCCUGGAUAAAGUACGUGGAUUACACUACCCCCGGAACGACAGGGAAAACAAAUUACGAACAAACUGCGUGUGUGCAGGAUGGCGGAAGCAAAGUGGAAUUGCAGAUGACUGGAUUCAUUUUUUUAUUCCGCUGCCGAGCGACUGCACCGAGUCAGACACAUUGCAUGUGUGAGUGUGUGUGUCCGACACUGUUUGUGUGUGUGUGUGUGUGUGUGCACUGCAGCUCCCUCGCGUCUCACACUCUGAGGAAUUGCAGAUAUGAGAUGAGACGAGCACUGAUUCCAUCGCAGGCAACGCCAGAGACCCCAUGGACUUCUCUCACGCACACGCCGACAUUGUGUGUGUGAAACGACUGAUGCGCUGAAGAGGACGCUGCAGUGCUCUGACUCACCGUCUCACACAUCAGACUCUCCUAGCCUCAUUCAACAUGUAUGUAUGAGCCACGUUGACUUUCGUUCUCACCUGCCAAACUUUGGAGGAAUAAACGACUAAAGCCUGAAGCCAAAUCUAUUUUCUGGUAAGCUGUGCUGAGUCUGCUGACAUGUUUCUGCCUCGGUGUCCUUGACGUUAGCGCUGGGACCCUGCUGGGACGUCCGUGACCUGCCCGUAGAGGCAUAGCGACAGUGGGGGGGGCCUCGGAGAGCGAGCAAGAGCAGACAGGGAUGACAGCGGUGUUGGUGAAGUGAGGCAACAGCUGCAAAGAGAGCAGGAGGAGGAGAGGGGGAGGGAAGGCGGGGAGAGGAGCACCUACGGACAGACGAGAGCUGUGACACGCAAGCCUGCAGCAAGCACCUCGGCCGGGUGGACUGAAUCAGACCCUAUGAGAAGGUGACGAGAGCCCACAUCCCGUCUCGCCAUUGUCACUCUCUAUACUCCUGGCAAGCAACCAUACCUAAACCUGCUGUCACUAACGUCACACCGCGAGCAGGUGUCACAUUGAUAUCGCUUUCGUCCGUCACUCUCUGCUACUCUGGCGUGCCUGUCCACCUGAGGGUCUGUUUUUUUGCGUUCUAUUUUUGCCUCCUCUGUCCUUCCCUUGCCUCAGUCAUUCACUCUGAGAUGGGAAGCUCGAUGGGUUGUGUGAGGCCUCCUAGGGAGGGAGGACACGGCUUCCCCCCGCUGUCCCCCAACCCCAAACGGCGCCUCCGCUUCCGGCGGAAACGCAAAGGAAAGAAGCACCAGAAAGGAGGGUCGUCGGUAGGCUCGGAGGUGGAAAGCGUAAGGAUAAGCAACAUACCGGAGGAAGAGGAUGAAGAGGACAAAGGCACUGUCACGGAGGCAACCACGGCCUCGUUCAACACCAUGAGUGACGUCGGAGCCAAAAUCACCAAUUUAACUGUGCCUCAUGUCCAAACGCAAUCCAGACUCCCCCUACCCAGUGCUCUCUGUACGGACUCCGCGAGUGACAGCAUUGGGGGGUUGGGUGGUAGCAGAGUGCUGGAACUGUCCCCUGAGCCAAGCCCAGUGUGGAGAAGGCUGUCCUACCCCGGAGCUGGGAGUGAGGAAGGGGGGACGAGCAGUACCAUAGAGGCCCCAAGCAGCCAAGGGCAACCCAGUGAGACCCCCACCCCCACCCCGACACCAGAUAACCCUGACCCAUCUUUCCCGUCCCAGGUGCACACCACCCCUGGUGGGGGUCGCGUCUGCAAAGUCAGGGAGCGAGAACAAGGGGUCCUGGAGAGGCCUUGUAUACGAAGACCCAAGAAAGAAAGGGCACGGGGGGAAAACCGAGAAAAGGAGAAAGAGGAGGUGGGGGAUGAAGGCGGGGUAGCAGGGACGCUGGGGGUUGCUUUUAACAACCCUUCGGCAAAGGAGCGCAAAGGGGUGGUCCACAUUCGCGAGGUGGAGGGCCGGCUGUGUGUUGUGAGGACAGUCUACCCCAGUGACUUUGGGUCCCCGGUUUGGAGAGGGGACAGUUACCAUGACAAAGAGGUAGAAGUAGAGGUAUGUGCCGAACCUCCAGCCGCGUCCCCUGUGACUGGGAACAUCCUCAAAGUACAUAUUUCUGAGGAAGACAGCAGGAGAGCCAAAAUGGAUGCCAGGACCACUUUCCUUAUGGGGACCCAGGAAGCUACAAAAGUCAAGGAACUCAGUCUGGAUAAACCAGCGCACGUCCAAGAGGGACUAUUAAUACAGAACCCUCUUUCCUCUGCCUAUGCCAGCGAUCUGCCCCGCACCUCCCCAGAGACUGGGGGAGCCACCCAGCUAAGCAGGUUUGGCUUGACCCAAAGGAGAGCCAAAAUGGACACCUCAGGUCUCAAUAUGACAACCGACCUUAUGGGGACCCAGGAAACUACAAAAGCCGAGGGACCCUCGGUACAGGACCCUCUGUCCUCGGGCUAUGCCAGCGACCUGCCACUAACCUCCCCAGAGGCAGGGGGCGCCACCCAGAUAGACUGGGAAAGCUCCAGAGAGGGACUGGACUCUGCAACUGACAGUCCUCUAUCUCCACCCCAGGUCACCACAAAGCAGUUCCCUCAGAUCUCAGAGAUCUACGUGAGCGGUGAGUCAGGGGACCUGACGGCGAAGGAGAAGCUGUUGUUAUGGAGCCAGCAGGCCUCCGAGGGCUGGCCUGGCCUCCGCUGUACCAACUUCUCCUCCUCCUGGCGAGACGGGCGCAUGUUCAAUGCCCUGCUCCACCGAUUCAGGCCAGACCUGAUUGACAUGGAGGUGGUGGCGCAGCAGAGUAACCUUGACAACCUGGAGCAGGCCUUUGAGAUCGCCGAGUCGCUAGGGGUGACCAGACUACUGGACGCUGAAGAUGUGGACGUUCCGUCUCCAGAUGAGAAGUCGGUCAUCACGUACGUCUCCUCCAUCUACGAUGCCUUCCCCAAGAUCCCAGAGGGAGGAGAGGGCAUCGCCGCACACGAGGUGGAUCACCGCUGGGCAGAGUACCAGUCUCGUUUCUCCACGCUGCUCCAGUGGAGCCGGCAGCACACGGCACUCAUGGCCAACAAGAACUUCCCACUUAACCCUGUGGAGCUCAAGGCACUUUACAAUGAGUACGUCCAUUUCAAAGAGACGGUGAUCCCUGCCAAGGAGCUGGAGAAGAGUGGCGUUGAACACCUCUACAAACUGCUGGAGGUAUGGAUGGAGUUUGGGCGCAUCAAGCUGCCCCUGGGCAUGCACCCCAACGACCUGGAGGAGGAGUGGGGCAAGCUGAUCCUGGAGAUGCUGGAGAGAGAGAAGGCCCUGCGGCCCGCUGUGGAGAGACUGGAGUUAUUGCUGCAGAUGGCCAAUAAGAUCCAGAACAUGGCCCUGGACUGUGAGGAGAAGCUCACCCUGGCCAAGAACACACUGCAGGCCGACAUGUCCCAGGUGGAGAGUGGCGAGGCGGUGCGUUGUGAGAGGGAGCUGGGUUUGUACCUGCAGGACUGUGAGGUUCUGAUCAGACGGCUCAACGUGGACCUCCACGUCCUCCGAGACCAGAAGUACUACCAGGUGGAGCAGCUCGCCUUCAGAGUGUCCUGUCUACACGAGGAGCUGGUCUCUCUCCGGCUCCAGUGCUCCAGCGUCUACAGGAAGGGUCACUUCUCCCCGGUGACGGGGGGAGACCGGACGGCCCCGCGGGGGAGCGACAGUGGUCUCUCCCUGUCCACGGGGGCCCAGACCCUACUGGGGGCAGUGGGGGUGAUGGGGGCAGCCCUGCUCAGGAGACCCAUGUCCCGCUCUCAGCUGGUGGCCAUGUCAUCCUCGGAGGACGAGGGGAGUCUCCGGUUCGUCUAUGAGCUCCUGGGAUGGGUGGAGGAGACACAGGACUUGCUGGAGCGUGCUGAGUCGGGGGCGGACCUGCCCUCUGUAGAGCAGAACCUCCAGGACCACCAGAACAUCCACACUGCCGUGGAGGAGCUGCUGCACAGCCUGAAGGAGGCCCGCAACUACGAGACGAAAGUCUCUCGUAACUUCAGGAGCAAUUAUUCUGACACUCUCGCCAAGCUGGAGCAGCAGUACUGCAAACUACUGGAAAACUCAUCGUGGCGUAUGCGCUGCCUGGAGAGCCUGCAUGCGUUUGUGUGUCGCUGUACAGAGGAGCUGAUCUGGCUCAACGAGCGAGAAGAGGAGGAACUGGCCUACGACUGGAGCCAUAACAAUACCAACGUCAACGCCAAGAGAGAUCUAUACGCCGAAAUGAGGUCAGAGCUGGAGGAGAAACAGGAAGUGAUGCACUCGCUGCAGGAAACGGCCGACCGGCUCUGUCAGGAGAACCACCCGGCCAAACAGACAGUGGAGGCGUACAGUGCAGCGCUGCAGACCCAGUGGCAGUGGGUACGCCAGCUGUGUGUGUGUGUGGAGCAGCAUCUCAAAGACAAUACUGCCUACUUCCAGUUUGUGAGUGACGCACGGGACUGCGAGACAUACCUGCGUCAGCUCCAGGACACCAUAAAGCGACAGUACACCUGUGACAAGGACAGCAGGCUGGGCAAGCUGGAGGACCUGCUGCAAGACUCUAUGGAAGAGAAGGAGCAGCUGAUUGAGUACCGCAGCUCUGUGGCCAGCCUGGUGGGCCGGGCCAAGACGGUGGUGCAGCUCCUCCCCCGCAGCGCCGAGAGCACCCUGGGAAGCACCACGCCCAUCCGCGCCAUAUGUGACUACCGGCAGAUAGAGAUCACCAUCAGCCGAGGUGAGGAGUGUGUGUUGGAGGACAACUCUCAGAGGACUAAAUGGAAGGUGAUCAGCCCCAGUGGGAAUGAGGCCAUGGUGCCGUCAGUCUGCUUCACCGUACCACCGCCCAACCAGGAGGCCAUGGACACCGCCAGCAGGAUGGAGCAGCUGUACCAGAACGUGAUGUCUCUAUGGCACAAUCUACACGUCAGCAUGAAGAGUGUGGUCUCCUGGCACUACCUGCAGAAAGACAUCAGGACCGUCUCCUCCUGGAGCCUAGACACGGUACGUUCCCAGACCCCUGUGGCCAGGGACCAGGCUCUGAACCAUUUGGAGGCCCACCUGGCUGACUUCCUCUCUGACAGCAAAGAGAGCGCCCUCUUCAACCCCGCUGAGAGACGCGAGCUGGAGAGAGACGCCCACACCGCCCAGGAACACUGCCAGGACCUGCUGGUCAACAUGGAGACAGUGGAGAAGGAUGAGUCUGUCUCUCGGUCCUACCUGUCAGAGCUCCAGAACAUUAAACUGCGUCUGGAGGAGGCGGAGCAAAAGCUGAUGCGCAGCAUUCAGACUCCACCCCCUAGCAACCUAUCGGGCAACAGCAUCGACAACACUGUUCAAAUUGCAGAGCAAGAGAAGCUGCAGUCGGACCUGGAUGGCCUGCGGACCAGUCUUGGUGAGGUGUCGCGUCGCUGUGUGAGUUUCUUUGAGGAGAAGCCCACCUCCUCCACUGUCCCCAUGCUGCGCUCUGAACUCAACCUGGCUGUGGAGAAGAUCGACAGACUACACAACCUCUCCUCUGUCUACCUGCGCAAGCUGAAGACAGUGGAUGUGCUGAUCCACAGCUUGCAGGCCGCAGAGAUCCAGGUGAAGAGGUACGAGAGCAGGCUGAGUGAGGAGGACAUCGUCCCGGCAGACGGCAACGCAAUCCAGGCCCUACGGGAACAACUGGGGACGUGGCAGUCAGAGCUUGAGGACCAGGAGGGAGUGUUGAGCUCCCUGCAGUCGGGGGUGCAGAAGGCCCGGGAGACGGGGACUCAGCUGAACAGGCUCCACCCAGACCGCAGCCCGGAGCUGGAGCGCUACCAGGAGAAAGCCGCCCAGCUCACCGAGAGGUGGGCCGGAGUCAAGAGACAGAUGGACACACGGCGAGCCGAACUAGAGGCUCUGGGCUCGGUCCUGCAGCACUACAGAGACGGCCACUCUGCUCUGAUCCACUGGAUAGAGGAGACCACUGAGAGACAGGAGAACACUCAGCCUGGACAGACUGACAGCAGAGUCCUGUCUGAACAACUGGCAGAACAAACGGCAUUAGUAGCCGAGAUCGAAAAGAACCAGACCAAACUAGACGAGUGCCAAACCCACUCCAAACAGUACUGCACCUCUGUCAAGGACUACGAGCUACAACUGAUGACAUUCAAAGCCUUUGUGGAGUCGACCCAGAAAUCCACUGUUAAGAGGAGGAGGAUGCACUCUUCAUCAGACGCCAUCACGCAGGAGUUCAUGGACUUGCGCACACGCUACACAGCCCUGGUUACCUUGACGACGCAACACGUCAAGUACAUCAGCGAUGCACUGAGGAGACUAGAGGAGGAAGAGAAAGAGGUGGAGGAGGAGAGGCAGCAGAGGGUAGACCAGGUGUCAGAGCUGCUGGGCUGGGUCAACGGCCUCCAGGGCGCCUCCGCCGAGUCAUCCAUCGCGGCGCAGCAGGCUGUCGGUGAGCAGUUAGCGGCUAAGAAGGAGGAGGUGGCUCAGGCUAUCAGGAACACCCAAGUCUUCCUGAUGUCUAAACAGGCCAGCAAGUUGUCCCCAGAGGAACGUGUCCAGGUGACCUCCCAGCUGGAUGAGCUGACGGCCACCUACAGCCAGCUGUGUAACCGUUCCACCGCCCGACUGCAACAGCUGGAGCAGGAGCAGGCCAAAGAGGAGCAGAGAAAGAGCCAAGCUGCCAUUGGUGGAGUUAUUGACCUGGGCACCAUGGAAACUGUCCCAGUCUUCCAAGCUGCUCAGCGUGGCCUCAUUGAUCAGGACACCUGCCAUGUCUUAUUGGAGGCCCAGCUCACCAUGGGUGGGUUAUUUCAUCCUGUCUCCCCUGUGAGCCUAUCACUGGAAGAGGGCUUCAACUGUGGCCUGAUUAAUAGUAUCAUCAGCCAAUCCCUAGCAGAGCUGGAGAGUGCCUUGCAUCUUGUCGACCAGACAGAACAACUGGAGGGCCAGCUCCUCCCAGUGGCUGCAGCCAUGGAGGAGGGCCUUAUCAGAGAGGAGUUGGGGCUGCGUAUCCUGGAGCUGCAGAUGAACACAGGAGGCCUGAGGGAGUUGGGAGGAAGAAGAGUGACCUUGGAUAGUGCUGGAGAGAUGGGCCUGCUGACCCCAAGGGUCUACACCAAGCUCAGGUCACGGGUCAAUCGGAGGGAGCUCGUUGACCCUAACACAGCCGAAAAGCUGAAUCUGUCUGAAUUGCAGCAGCGCUGCGUCCUCAGCGAUGACACCGGCUUGCAUUUGCUGCCAGUCAAACAGCAGCCAGGAGGCACCGUCUGCCUCGCUUCCGGCAGGAAGGUUGGGAUCUUCCGUGCUGUCCAAGAGAAUCUGAUUGACAGGCAAGUUACGGUGAGAUUGCUGGAGGCCCAGCUAUUUGCAGGUGGGAUCGCUGACCCCCGUACGGGACGCCGCCUGACUGUGGACGAGGCUGUGCGUCACAAUCUGAUGGACCAGGACCUGGCCUGUGCCAUGCUGACCCGCCAGCUGCAGAGUGGUGGGAUACUAAACCCUGUAAGUGGGGAGCGCCUAGGGUUGGAGGAAGCAAUCCAGAGGGACCUGCUCUCACCUCGUCUGGCCCUGCUGGUGCUCGAGUCCCUCUGGGCUUUUAUGGGGAUGCUCUGGCCUGAGUCAGGGGAGCUGCUGCCCAUUGCAGAGGCUCUACAACAAGGGGUCAUCUCGGGAGAGCUGGCUCUGAACAUCCUGAGACAACGCCACACGAUAGGUGCCCUGUACCUUCCUGAAACCCCCAAGGUUGUGUCCCUGAAUCAGACUAAGGAGGUCCUUGAACCCAAAGUGGCUGAGAUUUUGAAAGAGAUUCAGAUCCCAGAUGUGCUACACAACAUGAACCAGUCAGGCUCCCCAAAACUAAAUCGCCUAAGCUGGGGCUCCACUGGGUCAUCCCCUCCCUCCUCGCCACCUGCCUCUUCCUCAGAGCACACAUGUGUCCCCUCAUUUCUGGAGGAGAUGGCCCCUGAUGAGCAGGCACAUCACCGCCUGCUUUUCCAUUUAAUGACCCACAGUUAUAUAGAUGCCCAUUCUGGCCAGCGCUUAGUGUUGCUCGAGCCUGAGCUGGUGGAACUUGUCAAGGCUGCUACUGGUCUGAUCAAUGUGGAUCCUAUUCCUGGAGUGGUUGUGUCAGGGUUGACUUUGACUUCAGAAAGACAGGAGUUUAUGGAAGUAGUGCCAAUUGUAAGUUUGGCAGAUAAUCGGCAGACAAGGGAAAUUGGAGAGGUCCAGGAAAAGAAAACAUUCAGCUUGUCUGAAAAAUAUAUUUCCUCCAGAAAGAUGGUAGAAGAAGCUGAUAGUCAAGAAUGGGAUGGUACACCUGACAUGAUAUUGCAGGCUAAGCAAACUGGAAUUAAGGAGAUGGGACAGGUAGACCUUGACUCAACCAUGAGAAUAAGUGAGGAGGGAGAUCGAGGUGUACAUAGAGAAGUAAAAAGUGAAAAGGAGGAAAUUGUUAUUUUUGAAAGUGUCAAGCCCUCAGCUGGACUACCAGAAAAUCAAUCAAUUACAGACUCGUAUGAAGAGGGGCUGGUAGAGAUUAAAUCAGAGGGAGCAAGAGAUAGAAGUCACAAAAAGACAAAGGAUAAGGACUCACUCAUGGAAGACAUUGACGGUACACUUGUUGAAGCCUCAGAAAUGUACUCAACCCCAUUUAAGACUGAGGCAGAGACUCUGAUGCCAACCCAAUCUGAUGCCAACCCUAUUCCACCAUCAGAGACUAAUGAAAAUGAGAGCAUGCCUGUGAGUGUUGGAGUUAAACAUACUAUGAAGGAUGCUCAGAGGGUCACAGUGAAGACCCCACCCCAGGUUAUGAGUUUAGAGGCAGCAGCAGUGAAGAGUGAGGAUGAUGUUGAGCUGGAAAGGUUGACCUCAGAGCUUCACCAAGGGGGUCUACUGAUGGAAGGAGGGCAGCGGCUUCUCCCAGAUGAAGCCGUGGCUCAGGGGGUCCUCCCUGGACACACUGCAGUCAAGCUGAUGGCCAAGGCAGGACUUUUCGGAGGUUUCCUGGAUGUCAGUGCAUGCGAAUCUCUGAGCAUGGAGGAUGUGAUGCAGGAGGGUCUGCUUGACGAAGACCUGAUGUGGAGUGUGCUGAAAUCAGAGAAGACCCUGGCAGGGGUAGUGGAUGUAAAGAAGGGGAAGAUUUGUACCCUGAAGGAUGCUGCUCGGGCAGGCCUGAUAGACUCCAACACAGCUGCUCGGCUUCUGGAGGCUCAGGUGGUCUCAGGGGGAGUGGUUGACCUGCGGAGGGAUAAGAAAGUGUCUGUUACCCUGGCAGCCAACCUUGGGCUGAUAGAGGAGGACCAACGAGAGAAGCUAGUUGCGUUGGAGAAGUCAUACCGUGGAAAAUACUCAGACCCAGAUUCAGCGCUAACCAAAGCAACGUUGCAGCUGCAAAUGGAUGGGGUUGUCGAUCCCAAAACGAAGUCACCUGUUUCCCUAAAGCAAGCCCUUGAAAGAGGUUUGCUUGGGCAGGAGGAAGUCUAUCAAGCCUUGUCCCAGCAAGUGGCAGAGGGUGGCAUCGUGCAUCACAACUCUGGAGUUAGACUGUCAGUUGCUGAUGCUUUGCAGCGAGGUUUGGUAGACCGUGCCAUAGCCCCAGAACUGGGGGAGUUAGAGAGAGCAUGUCAGGGGGAAGUCGCCCUCUCUUCAAACCCAGAUGCUGCCCUCCUCCAGGCGUCCACAGGUGCCAUUUUUGACCCUGAUUUAAAGUGUAGACUUACAUUGACAGAGGCUGUCUCCGAUGGUCUGCUCGAUGAGAGCACUGCCAAGAAAGCAAUGGUUUCUCCAGGGGUAACACAAGGUUUGUUGGAUCCACAAAGUGCCCAAAUUGUGCCGUACUCAGACCUUGUAAACCAAGGCAAGAUUGACAUUAAGAGCGGAAAGCGCUUCUUGGAAGUGAAGCCUUUCAAGGGAAUUCAGGAUAAGCAAACAGGUGAAAUCCUGAAUUUAGCUGAAGCAAUUGCAUCUCAACAAGUUGAUCCGGUCCCAGCACUCAGAAUGUUGCAAAGCCAGGCAGACACUGGAGGGAUUAUUGAUAUUUCCAAUGGAGCUAGGCUCCCUCUGCCUAAAGCCUCUAAGAAAGGGCUGGUGGGAGAACAUAUGGCCAGGCUCAUUGCCACCAACCAGGUUCUGAAAGGGGGCUUGUUUGACCCUUCCACAGGGCAGAGAGUCUCUAGCCUGAAAAAAGCUGUCAAAGAUGGGCUUAUAUCCAGAGAAAUGGCUGCAGAACUCCAGGGCAACUUGGGCUCCAUGGAAGUAGAAUGUGACGAUGAGGAUAGUUCAACACCCAUUGCCUCUUCAAAUGGGACCUAUAGUCCUGCAGUCACAUUAUCAAUAUCCAGUCCAGACAGCCAAACCAAAAUAAUUAUUGAAAGUUCUGAAGUUAUUUCUCCAUCCCCACAUCCAGAAGAGUCAGAAAAGGGUUAUAACCCUUUAAUGAUCACAGAGGACAUUGUAAAGACUCUAGAAGCCGGAACGUUCAAGCAGUCAGAAGAUCUGCAACACCAUGGCUCUGUACACAUUGAAGAAGAAAUGAGAGAUGAACAGGUCUCAAUAGCCGGGAAGUCAUUGGAAAUUGAGUCGGACCAGUCAAUCAAUUUGUUGGCUCAGUUUGCAAUCAAUGCGAAGAAAAGGGUUCAGCAGGCCCUUCAGGAGAUGGAGACUCCGCAAGAUGUUACUGUUCGACCACCAGAAAAUGAUAACAAAAAGGGGUCUAGACCUGUGGGCGACAGUAGUUCAGUCACGCAGAAGGGGCAGUCUGCUAUGGGCAAAGAACCACGAAUGGACUCGACAGGGGCCAUUGGCAGAGAAGGUAGGGAUCAACAGGGCAGCAUAGACAUUUCUACACUAGUUGAGAGAUAUGAAGGGAAGACAAAUGUGGCAGAAGACAGUACUGAGAACGUGGUGGAGCAAGGUAGAGUGGAGGUUGAGAGGGACACAAAGAUUGAGGUCACAGAGUGUGAUGAUCUUGGACAUGCAUCACCCCCUUCCAAGGAGGCCGAAGGUAAGAGCAAAAAGAAGAGGAAGAAUAAGAAGAAAGGAAAAGGGGAGGUUGAUAUUGAGCAAAGACCCUCAGAAAAAGCUGAUAUUCAGAAAACGGAAAACAAAGACCAGAAUGUACAGUCAGAGGGUAAGGAUAAGGGUAUUGAGUCCACCAGAGGUUAUGUUACCCCACAGGAGAAAGAGGAGUCCCUUGUGCAAGAUGUUCAAUCUGCACUUGGAAGUGCCAAGGCACAUUCUGUUGAGAGGUUUGGAGAUCCAGAAGAUAUUGGCAAAGUAAGGGAAGGUUCUACUGUUCCGCUUGGAGCCAUAGAAGAUGCUCUUGAGGUAGAGAGCGAUGGUACAGAAGAGUAUAAGGUCUUCGAGGACAAAAGACGGGUGGAGAAGAACAAAACGUCUAAGAUACCUAUGGCAUCAGAGAAGGUUGAACCUGUGACAGUGGAGAUACCAUCCAUCCAUGAUAAAGCAGAUUCUGAAGUGACAGUAACGAAGGGUGUUCUCGACAGCUUGGACAAAAAGUCUAAGAUACCCAUAGUAGCAGAAAAGGUUGAAUCUGUGGCAGAUGAGCGAUCGUCCAUCCAUGAUAGAGUAUCCAUUCAUAAUAGAGUUUCUAAGGAUGAGCAAAAGCGGGAAGGCGAGCAGAUUGUGGGAAAGAGUGAUUCAGAUGGGGAGAAGACGGUUUCUCAACAGACUGGACAACAGGAGCAUAAGGAUAGAAAAGAGGUGGAAUUCACUCUGAAAACCCACCAGGCAGUAAAUGACAAAGAGGCGCUUUUACGGAAGGCGAAAGAGAGUAUCCUGAGGAAGGUGUUUGGGCGAGGUGUUAGUGAGAAGCAAGCUGCAGAUGAGCUAGAGGCACUGCGUCAGGGAGUGGGGAAGAAGGAGAGUUUGGUGACAUCCGUAGAGGAAGUUAAGACUGUGGUGAGUCCUGAGGUUUCACCAGAAGAGAGUAAAGGAAUUGACAAGAAGGAAGGAGAAAGAGAGAAAGUUCUGCCUGGCCAUUCUAUGAUUCCCUUAGCAGCAGAGGAAGUGGAAAAAGCUCUGCCAUACCAGGUUAAAGGAGGAAGGAAAGGGGAGAAAGUUUUACUAGACCUGGCUAAAGGAGAGAAAGAGGAUAAAGUUCUACCAGACCAGGCUAAAGGAGGAGAGAAAGCUCUGCCAUACCAGGCUAGAGGAGGAGAGAAAGAGGAGAAAGUUCUACCAGACCAGGCUAAAGAAGGAGAGAAAGAGGAGAAAGUUCUACCAGACCAGGCUAGAGGAGAGAAAGAGGAGAAAGUUCUACCAGACCAGGCUAGAGGAGGAGAGAAAGCUCUGCCAUACCAGGCUAGAGGAGGAGAGAAAGAGGAGAACGUUCUACCAGACCAGGCUAGAGGAGCGAAAGAGGAGACAGUUCUACCAGACCAGGCUAGAGGAGGAGAGAAAGCUCUGCCAUACCAGGCUAGAGGAGGAGAGAAAGAGGAGAAAGUUCUACCAGACCAGGCUAAAGAAGGAGAGAAAGGGGAGAAAGUUUUACUAGACCAGGCUAAAGGAGAGAAGGAGGAGAAAGUUCUACCAGACCAGGCUAAAGGAGAGAAAGUUUUACUAGACCAGGCUAGAGGAGGAGAGAAAGCUCUGCCAUACCAGGCUAAAGAAGGAGAGAAAGAGGAGAAAGUUCUACCAGACCAGGCUAGAGGAGAGAAAGAGGAGAAAGUUCUACCAGACCAGGCUAGAGGAGAGAAAGAGGGGAAAGUUCUACCAGACCAGGCUAGAGGAGGAGAGAAAGUUCUACCAGACCAGGCUAGAGGUGAGAAAGAGGAGAACGUUCUACCAGACCAGGCUAGAGGAGAGAAAGAGGAGAAAGUUCUACCAGACCAGGUUAGAGGAGAGAAAGAGGAGAAAGUUCUACCAGACCAGGCUAGAGGAGAGAAAGAGGAGAAAGUUCUACCAGACCAGGCUAGAGAAGGAGAGAAAGAGGAGAAGGUUCUACCAUCUCAAACAGACCAGCUUAAAGAGAUGAUGCCGGGAAAGAAAAAUAAGAAGAACAAAAAAUCUAAGAUGCAUAAAGUGGUAGAAAAAGUUGAACCUGCGACAGAGGAGAAGCCAUCCAUCCACAAUAGAGCAGAUUCUGAAGUGAAAUCCACCCCGGGUGAUCUAGAGAGCUCAGUCUCUGGGGAGGAGCAGAAGAUUGAGAAGCAGCAAGACAAUAAAUCAGACGGUGAUGUUACAACGGUGGCAAGUGGUGAGGAGCUGAACAAAAUAGCUGCCUCUACCCAGAGUCUUAGUGGAGUUGACACCAAUCAACAAAGAUCAACCCACACCACUGCACCGUACCAAAUCAAUGCACACCUUGAGGAGAAACCUAAGGAGGAUAUUUCUUUGAGGAGAGAAAUUGACCCACAUGGCAAGGAAAUUGAACAAUUUAGGAUUGGUACACCUGAGAAGGAUGUCCACCCAGACACCCAUCGUGUUGUUGACGUUGUGGAUGCCUCUCCUGAAGCCCUUGUAUCCAUGUCAGGCGCCCACCUGGCUCCAGGUACCCAGACUGCUAAGACCACAGAGGAAACUGAUGCACAUCUGGUGAAAGAUACUGAGGAGGACCGGUCUCCGAGCAAACAAACUGAUCUUCCUGGCAAGGACAUUGAACAACUAAGAAUUAGUACACCUGAGGAGGCAUUUUUGGCACCUGCUACCCAGCCAGCUAACACUACUGGCAAAGGGAAGAAGAAGAAAACGAAACAGCAGCAAGAACAACAGCAGGAGCAGAAACUUGACAGUCCCACUGAAACUGAGUGUAAAGAGGAACAGUACCUUGAGGAGUCCACAGAAUCAGGACAGUCCUGGUCUGACGAGACCCCACAGUCUGAUGCAAAUGAGAUUGUUGAGUCUGAUACAACAGAGAGCUGGGAGAAGGAGGAGGAUGGAGAAAUCCAAGAAUUGGAGAUAAGGAAAGAGAAGAGCCCAGCUAAGACGGGAAAGUCCUCGUUGCUCCGCCAGGAAUUCCUGGAACACGACCAGCAAAUUGUGGCUCUGCUCUCUAUGGUGAGACACAUCGAGGUUCGCCUCAAGCAGCAGCAGCAACAGUCGAUUGGUCGCAGCCUCAUUGCCCUUGAUGACAUCAUCAAACAGACAGAGACCUUGGAUCUAGAACUUCGGGAUUUAGAAUCCCAGGUCAAAAAGGAAGUGGAUGCUGCUGGGCAGCUGCUGGAGCCCCGCCCACAGGAAGUACCACCUCAGCUACUAUUGGCCUUGGAAAAGGAUGGGCGAAGUUUAGCUCGAGGUUACGAAGCCGCCAGAGGGGUUUCAGAAAACAUCCUGCAGGGGCUGCGCGCACACAGAGAGGCACAUAAGGAGGCAGUGACUGGGGAACAGAAGUCACUUGGAGGGCGAGUAGAGGAUCUUCUCUUCUGGCUGAAGGAGACUGAGGCACAAAUUACAGGAAUGGAUGGGCAAACCCAGGGCGAGACUCCUUCUCAGCGCACCCAACAGCUCCAGCUAUGCAAGGGGUUGCAGUCGUCUCUCUCGGCCCGCUCCAAUGACGUCAACACGGUGGCCUUUGACAUCCAGGUGUUCAUCUCGGAGCGGGCUCAGGACCUGGCUCCAGAACAGAGCAGGCACCUCCUUGGGCAGCUGCAACAGCUCCAGAGGGGCUUCCACCGAGCCGCUGGCCAAGCCCACGCCAAGACCGACGCCCUCGCCGCCCGGAGAGAGAGGGAGGAGGAGAGGCAGCGCAGGCGCGAAGAAAAGGAAGAGGAAGAGGAGGAGAGAGAAAGAGAGAGACAGAGUGCAAGGGACAGAGAGGUGGUGCAGCAGCAGAAAGCAGAGUGCUCACAAAAAUUGGAAGGCCUUACAAUGUGGUUGGCCGGAGCUGCCAGCGUGCUGGCCAAUCAAAGAGCGGGAGCCGAGUCGGGUGACGUGAAUGUGCUGCAGCAGAAACGGAGCGAGCUGAAGGAAGUACAGAAGGACCUGCAGACCAGAGGCGAGGGCGUGGCGGAGACCGUCCGCUCGGUGGAGGAGUUCCUGGCGGAGCACGGUGACAGCCUGAGUCCAGAGGACAGGGCCAACCUCCAGGGGGCACUCUCCCGUAUGAAGGAGCAGUACAGUGCCCUGACGGACACGGCCUACUCCUCCCUGGCCCAGCUGGACACGGCCAUUAGCACCACCGUCCAACAGAACACACAGAGGGCGAAGGCAGUAGAGGAGCUGCAGGAGACGCGGUGUCAGAUCGACUCGCUGCUAGAGGAGCUCUCCUCCCUGAACCAGCCUGGGAAAAGAGGAACUGGCAUGACUGUUACUGACCACCCCUCCUCGCCAGAGGGAAGACUACAAUCACACAGCGACAUGCUCCAGGCAGAGCUCCAGCAGCUCCAGGCCCAGCAGGCCCAGCUGAUGCAGGUGUCCCAGAAUGCUCGCUCCCUCCUGGACCAGCCCGACUCGGCCGUGCCAGCCGAGGAGAAACGGCGUCUGCGGGACCAGCUAGACCAGCUCCAGACCCAACACCAGGAGAAGCUGCGGUCCUGCCAGGAGAGGCUGAGGCGCUCGGAGGCCCUUAAGGACGAGCUGGCCAAGUUCCUCCAGGAGCACGGAGGCCUGGGGACCUGGCUGGAACAGAGUGAGGGGGAGCUGUGUUCCCUGGGGGAAGGAGAGACGGACGCGCAGGGCCUGAAGGGGAGACUGGAAGAGCACAAGAAGCUGGCGGAGGAUGUGAUCUGCCACAAGGCAGACCUGCGCUUCGUGUCCAUCUCGGGUCAGAAGGUGCUGGACUCCUUCCAGGGGGCUCUGGAGAAGGUAGGAGGGUCUGACCCAGCCCUGGAGGAGACCAGGCAGCUGGUCACUGACAAGCUACAGGACGCCAACCACCGCUACACCGCGCUGCACACCAAGUCGUCAGAUCUGGGCGGGCGUCUGUCGGGUCUGCUGGAACGCUACCAGCAGUACCAGGACGAGGCUGUGUCGCUCCACACCUGGCUCAGCACCCAGGAGCAGAACCAGAGUAUAGCCGGACCCAGCGGAGAGACCGACACACAGACACUACAGAACACACUGCGGGCCGUACAGCUGUUGCAGGAUGAGCUGGCGGAGAGGUCAGUCCAGUUGGAGAAGGUGAGGAGGGCAGGCAGGGAGCUGGCUAACACACGGGAGUCCCCCACUCUCAGAGCUGCUGAGAUCAUCAGCACUGCAGAUGGUCUGGAGAAGAGGUUCAGCUCGCUGUCUGAGUCCGUGUCAGAGCGGGCUGAGCAGCUCCAGACGUCCGUAGCCCAGUCGGUCAGUGUCCAAGAGGGGCUGAAGGGCCUGCUAGCAUGGCUGGACGGCCUACUGCUGACCCCCGGGCCUGUCCAACCCACCGCACAGGCUGUCCAGGAUGCCCUCACACAGAAUCAGAAACUACGCCAGGAGCUGUUAUCCAGACAGGGCAGUGUGGAGGCCACCUGCGACUCUGUCUCCAAACUGCUCCAGAGCUCUGACGCCUCCACGGCCUCCGGGCUCCAGGGGUCACUAGAGAGCCUGACCCGGCACUACGCCGCUGCACAGGCCAAGCAGGCCGAGAGGGAGGCUGAGCUCCGGGGGCUCCUGCCCAAGCUGGAGAACUAUGAGAGACUGAGUACGGACUUGCAGGGUUUUACUCAGACCAGGCUGAGAGCUCUGAGCCCCGCGGGACAGCCUGACCGCAGUGUGGAGGACUACAGACAGACCAUUGAGGAGGUGAGAGCGGAGCAGGAGCAGGAGGCAGGUCAACUGAAGUCAUUCUGCCAGCUGGGGACAGACCUCAGCCAAGCCAAGGCCCUGACCAGCACACAGACCCUACUGGACAAAGUCAGUGAGGUGUCCGAUGAGUUCGCCCGGCUGGAAUCCAACAUCACUGAAAGGUACAACGCCACCCAGAGUUGUGAGCAGCGGCUGGGCCAGUUCCGCUCUCUCUCUGGCUCCCUCCUCAGGUGGCUCCGCACAACACAGGAGCAGCUGCCUCCCAAAGAGUCCAACCUCAGCACAGAGGCCCUGCAGAGGAGAGUGCAGCAGCUCAAGGACUUGCUGAGUGACUGGGAGGCCCAGGGAGUUCGGGUUCAGGAGCUGAACAAGACUGGAUCAGAACUGGAGACCCUCAUCAUCAACAUCACUGCCCCCCAGGCCAAGACAGGUGUUCCCCAGAUCAAUGGUGCAGACAGCCCCAGCAGGGUUAAUGGCAUUCACACAUGCAAAGACCUGACAGAGAUGCAGGUGGCGGUGGCGGAAGUGAACGGUCGUUACGAGGAGCUGGGAGGGGAACUGAAGAACAGACGGGGGCACCAGGAGGCUUCUCUGGAGCUCAGACAGAAGGCCAGCCAGGGUACCGAGGAGCUCAGCCGCUGGCUGGGAGACCGGGAGAACAGCCUGCACCUGGGCCAGACCACCACCUCCCCCUCCAAACCGGAGUUGGUACGCGCCCAGGCCCAGGAGAACAAGGCCUUACUGUCUGAGCUGGCAGAGCAUUCUGGGAAGGUGGAGGAGCUGAAGAGCACCCUGGAGAAGCUGAUAGCAGACAACCCAGACUCCCCAGAGGCAGACACCUGGAGAGAACAAAUGAAGGAGAUCGACUCCCGCUGGGAAAAGGCCAAAGAGACGGCAGUACAGAGACAGACUGAACUGGAGACCUGUGCCGAUAGGCUGGGCAGCUUUGCCACAGCAGCCAGUCAGUUGGGUCCAUGGCUCAGAGAGAAGGAGCUGAUGAUGAGUGUGCUGGGACCCCUGAGCAUCGACCCCAACAUGCUGAACACCCAGAAACAACAAGUACAGUUCAUGCUGCGUGAGUUUGAGACCCGCCGGCCCCAGUUCGACCAACUCACCCAGGCGGCCGAGGGCAUCCUUUCCCCAUCUGGUGGCGACUCCUCCCCGCAGGAUGCCAAGGACCUAGCGGAGGUCCGGUCCGAGCUGGGCUCCAUCUCUCAGCAGUGGGACGACCUCACUCAACGUCUGUCCCGGCGCUCGGAGCACAUCGACCAGGCCCAGGGCACCAGCGAGCGAUACCAGGCCCUGCUGAAGGACCUUUCGGUUAGCGUGGGGGCGCUAGGCGAGCGGCUGGACGGCCAGGCCUCGCUCAGUGCCCAGCCCGAGGCCCUGAAACAGCGCCUGCAGGAGACAGGCGAGAUCCGCUCUGAGCUGGAGCAGAGGAGGGAUGAGCUGGGCGAGGCGGAGAAGCUGUGCGGCGAGCUGAGCGCCAUCGUGGUUGAACCUUACCUGAGAGACGAGCUGAAGAAGAGGCUGGAGAGCGUGAGCAGCCCGCUGAGGAGCCUGGAGGAGAGGGCCACUGAAGGUCUAUCCCAGCUCCAAGCUGCUCUCUCAAGCACCCAGCAGUUCCAGCAGAUGUUCGAGGAGCUGCGGAGCUGGCUGGACAACCAGUGUGGUCAAAGAGACUCUACCGCCGAAUCCCUCCCCUGCCAGCCCGAGGCUAUCCGGACCCUGUUUGCCCAGCAAGAUGAGCAUCAUCGUGGGGUGGCCAGCCAACGUGGCCCCUACGAGCUCAUCCAGGCCGAGGGGGCCUCCCUGCUCGCCAAGCUACCCGCCGGCGGCGAAGAACGAUCAGCCUUACAGUCCCGGCUCGCCACCCUACGCCAGGACUGGGAUGAGAUUAAUCAGUGCAUCGUGGAACGCCAGAACCGGCUGAAAACCGCCCUGACCAAGGCCGAGAGUUACCAGCAGCACCACGCCAAGCUCACGCCCUGGGUGACAGAGUGCGAGAAGCGGGAAGCUGACAUCCAGCCCUCCCUCGACCCUGCGGCCCUGGACGAGGCCUUGCAGAAGGCCAGGCAGCUGGGGUUAGACCUGGAGCACCAUCGCCCAGUCCUGGAGGAUUUAAACACUGCAGCCGACCAACUCCUGGAACACUGCUGCGUCGGAGAAGAAGACAUACGUGACGAAAAAGCCCAACUCAACCGUAGAGUCGACGGGCUGGCAGAAAAACUCCAGAACUGUGUUUCCCAGCUGGAAGAGUUAGCGGGUCGACUUAAGGAGUUUGAGGACGGGCGGCAGACGGUGGAGAGGAGGCUGGAGGCGGCGCGGCAUCAGAUCGAGGUGCAGGAGGCGCUGGGCCCACAGGCGUGCAGCAACAAGAGCCUGGAGCGGCUGAGGAGCCAGCAGGAGACCCUCCACUCGCUGCAGCCACAGGUGGCCUACCUGAGGGAUCUGGCCCAGGGGCUGGUGCAGGACGCACCCCACACAGCAGGGGGUGGCGGAGAGGGAGGACAGAGGCUGGAGCAGCAGGCCCGAGACACGGACAGAGAGUUUGGAGACGUCAGCGAAAAGAUUGAAAAGUGCUGUUCCACCCUGGAGUCCCGUCUCCAGGGUGUGGGGGAAGUCCAGUCCUCGGUACGCGACCUCUUCUCCCGCCUGGCCGACCUGGACGACGAGCUGGACUCGCUGAGCCCCGUGGGGCGCGAUGCCGACUCGCUCGCCUCGCAGGCGGACGCCGUCCGCACUUUCCUGGCUCGCCUGGCCACGUUGAGGUCGGAGCUCGAAGGUCACGGGGGCGACUGCACCGCCAUGCUCCGCCGAGAGGGGUCGUCUCCCGAUCUCCUCGCCCUGAGGAGAGAGACGGAGGCCCUGAGCCGCCAGGCUGGGAAGCUGGCCGAGAGGGGCCAGGCCAGACUGGAGCAGAUCGAGGCAGCUGCCGAGAAGGUGGGAGAAUUCUACGCCCAGGUGGCGGCGCUGCAAGGGCUACUGGGACGGGCAGAGGAAGGGCUGAACUCGCAGGGCGUGGUGGGGACGGAGGUGGACACCAUCAAGCAGCAGCUGCACGAGUUCAAGGUGGUGGAGAGGGAGCAGGUGGACAGCAUUCAACCCAAGCUGCAGCGUGUGAACGCGGUGGGCCAGGGCCUGAUCCAGAGUGCAGCCAAACACACAGACACCCAGGCUCUGGAGCACGACCUAGAGACCACCAACCUCAGAUGGAACUCCCUCAACAAGAGGAUUGCAGAGCGCAUCGCCCAGUUGCAGGAAGCUCUGUUGCAUUGUGGGAAGUUCCAGGAUGCCCUGGAGCCUCUUCUGAGCUGGCUGAGUGACACGGAGGAACUGGUAGCCAAUCAGAAGCCCCCGUCAGCCGAGUACAGAGUGGUCAAGGCCCAGAUCCAGGAACAGAAGCUGUUACAAAGACUGCUGGACGACCGCAGAGCCACUGUUCAGAUGAUCCAGGGAGAGGGGGAGAGGAUCGCAGCCACGGCCGAGACACAGGACAGAGACAAGAUCCAGAAGCAGCUGGAGAGUCUGGGGGAGAGAUGGGGCGAGCUGCUGGAGAAAGCCAGGGCAAGGCAGUGCCAGUUGGAGGAGCUGCAGGCGCUGGCACUUCAGUUCCACGAGGCGGUGGAGCCUCUUGGAGAGUGGCUGAGUGCCACCGAGCGACGCCUGAGCACCGCCGAGCCCAUGGGAACCCAGACUUCCAAGAUCACCCAGCAGAUUACAAAACACAAGGCCGUCCAAGAGUCCAUCUCCUCUAGAGGAUCCGAGGUCGACCGCCUCGAGGCCCUCGGCCAAUCCCUGGCGCCCCUCAGCUGCGCGGCCGACCGCGAUUGGCUGAGGGAGCGCGUUGGGGCGGUGCGGCUAGGCCACUCGGAGCUCAGUGAUUGGUGCCAACGCAGGGCCGUCAUGCUGGACCAGGCCCUGGCCAAUGCGCAGCUGUUUGGGGAGGAUGAGGUGGAGGUGCUCAACUGGCUGGCUGAGGUGGGCCAGCGGCUGGGACAGGUGUCUGUGCAAAGCUACCAGCCAGGGGUCCUCACCCAGCACCACAAGCACACACUGUCUCUGAAUGAAGAGAUAGUGAGCAGGAAGAAGCAGGUUGACCAGGCCAUCAAGAACGGACAAGCCCUGCUCAAGCAAACCACCGGUGAGGAAGUUCUCCUGAUCCAGGAGAAGCUGGACGGUAUCAAGUCUCGCUACGCUGAGAUGACGGGCGGGAGUAGCAAAGCCCUCCGCAUCCUGGAGCAGGCCCUGCAGCUGAGCAUACGAUUCGCCAGCGCCCACGACGACCUCAACCAAUGGUUAGACAAGGUGGAAGCGGAGCUCAACGUAAUGGAGCUGGAUGCAACGCCAGCCUAUCAGGACAGACAGAAGGAGCUGAAGUGUGUGUCGGCGGAGAAGCGUCUGGUUUUGGACACGGUCAACGAGAUGGGCAGUGCCCUCUUAGACCUGGUGCCCUGGCGUGCCCGCGAGGGCCUAGACCGCCUGGUGGCUGACGCCAACCAGCGCUACCGGACGGCGGACGAGACCAUCACCCAGCGGGUACAGCUGGUACAGGCUGCCGUCCAGAGGUCACAACAGUAUGAGGAGGCGGUGGACGCGGAGCUGACCUGGGCUGGGGAGACGGAGAGGAAGCUAUCCUCCCUGGGUCCUCUGAGUCUGGAGCCUGACGUCACCGUGGCCCAGCUACAGGUCCAGAGGGCCUUCAAUAUCGACAUCAUCCGACACAAAGACACCGUGGACCAGCUACUCCACACCAGGGACGACAUCCUGGAGACGUGCAGCGACCAGCAGAGAGACGCUCUGAUGGUGAAGACUGACUCGCUAUCUGCCCGCUACGAAGUGGUGAGCCAGCGGCACCAGGAGCGUUUCUCAGCCCUGGAGCAGGCCCAGGUCCUGGUGGCCCGCUUCUGGGAGACCCAGGAGGAGCUGGAGCCUUGGCUGGGGGAGACCGAGACCCUUAUAGCCCAGCUGCCCCCACCCGCCAUCGACACCGAGGCCCUGCGACUACAACAGGAGCAGAUGAGGCUCUUGAGGGAGUCCAUAGCGGAGCACAAACCCCACAUCGACAAGCUGCUGAAGAUCGGCCCCCAGCUGGCCGUUCUGAGUCACCAGGAGGGGGCCACGGUGAGGCAGCGCUACAGCGACGCCGAGAAACGCUACGCGGCCAUCAAGGAGGAGGUCAAGGGUCACGCCGCCACCCUGGACGAGGCUAUGUCUCAGUCUGCGCAGUUCCAUGACAAGAUGGACCCCCUGUUGGAGACCUUGGAAGGGGCUGUGCAGCGCCUCCGCUCCCCUUCUCCCGUGGCGGCGGAGGCGGAUAAGAUCCGGGAGCAGCUGGCUGAGCACAAGGCAACCGGGCUGGAACUGGACAAACUGCUGCCCUCCUUCUCUGCCCUGUGUGCCCGCGGCGAGGAGCUCAUCAGUAGAGCAGCCCACGACGACCCUGCCGCUGAAGCCGUGCAUUCCCGUCUCCUGCGUCUGCGCUCCCUGUGGGAUGAGAUCCGGCAGAGGGCUGAGGAGCGGGAGGGGAAGCUGACGGACGUCUUGGACCUGGCUGGGAAGUUCUGGGCCGACAUGGCAGCGCUGCUGAGCACGCUCCGUGACUCGCAGGACAUUGUCAGGGAGCUGGAAGACCCCGGGGUGGACCCCUCACUCAUCAAGCAGCAGAUAGAGGCGGCAGAGGCCAUCAAGGCCGAGACAGAUGGGCUGAGGGAGGAGCUGGAGUUUGUACGAACCCUUGGGGCUGAACUCAUCUUUGCCUGCGGAGAAACGGAGAAGCCUGAGGUCAAGAAGACCAUUGACGAGAUGAAUGCCGCCUGGGAAGGCCUGAACCGGACGUGGAGAGAGAGGAUGGAGAGGUUGGAGGAGGCCAUGACUGCUUCUGUGCAGUACCAGGAUGCGUUGCAGGGCAUGUUUGACUACCUGGACAACACAGUGAUCAAGCUCUGUGACAUGUCCACUGUGGGCACUGAUCUGGGAACUGUCAAACAGCAGAUUGAAGAGCUCAAGCAGUACAAGGUGGAGGUGUACCAGCAGCAGAUAGACAUGGAGAAGCUGUGCCACCAGGGGGAGCUGCUGCUCAAGAAAGUCUCUGACCAGAACGACAGAGACAUGAUCCAGGAGCCCCUCACGGAGCUCCGACACCUCUGGGACAACCUGGGGGACAAGAUCAUUCACAGACAGCAUAAGUUGGAAGGUGCUCUCCUGGCUCUAGGUCAGUUCCAGCAUGCCUUGUCUGAGCUGCAGUCCUGGCUGAGUCACACCCACGCCACCCUGGACACACAGAGACCCAUCAACUCUGACCCCAAGGCCAUCGAGAUAGAACUGGCCAGACACCACGUGCUGAGGAACGACGUGCUGUCCCAUCGCUCCACGGUGGAGACGGUGAACGCGGCGGGGGCUGAGCUGCUGGAGUCCAGUCCCGGGGAGGAGGCCAACCACCUCCGCGACCAGCUGGACCACCUCAACCGCGGCUGGGAGAACCUGCUACUCAAGACCCAGGACCGUCAGAAACUACUGGAGGCCGCACUGCAUAAGGCGGAGGGUUUCCAUGGUGAGCUGGAGGAGUUCCUGCAGUGGCUGAGGAGGACAGAGAGCCAGCUGUCUGCAGCCAAACCCACAGGUGGCCUGCCUGAGACCGCCCGGGAGCAGCUGCAGCAGCACCUGGAGCUUCAGACCCAGUUGACCCAGCGCACUGAGCAGUACAACCGGCUGCUGGACGCGGGAGAGUCCAUGUUGCUGUCCCGCGGAGGGGAGGAGGGCGGCCCCGGGGCUGGCACGACCCAGACCCAACAGAACCUGGCCCUGCUGCAGAACAAGUGGGCCAGCCUGAACACCAAGAUGGAUGACCGCAGGGCGAAGCUGGACGAAGCGGUGUCGCUGGCCACAGGGUUCCAGUCCUCCCUCCAGGACACCAUCAACUGGCUGACCCAGGCUGAGCAGACCCUCAACAUGGCUCAGGCCCCCUCCCUCAUCCUGGACACCGUCCUCUUCCAGAUAGACGAACACAAGGUGUUUGUGAAUGAGGUGAACACCCACAGGGAGCAGGUUUUGGCUCUGGAGAAGGCCGGCUCUCAGCUGCGUUUCGCCAGUCUGAAGCAGGAUGUGGUUCUGAUCAAGAACCUUCUGCUGAGUGUUCAGGCCCGCUGGGAUAAGCUGGUGCAGAGGUCCCUGGACCGUGGCAGACACCUCGACGAAGCCCGCAAGAGGGCCAAGCAGUUCCAUGAGGCUUGGAGGAAACUGUCAGACUGGCUGGAGGAGGCUGAGAGCCGCCUAGACUCGGAGCUGGAGAUCUCCAACGAGCCAGACAAGAUCAAAGUACAACUGACCAAACACAAGGAGUUUCAGAAGGCUCUGGGCUCUAAGCAGCCGGUGUAUGACACCACAGUGAGGUCUGGUAAGGCCAUGAGGGACAAGGCCACGCUGCCCGAAGACACCCAGAAACUAGACCACCUACUGGGGGAGGUCAGGGACAAGUGGGACACAGUCUGUGGGAAGAGUGUUGAGAGGCAACACAAGCUAGAGGAGGCCCUGCUGUUCUCAGGUCAGUUUGCUGAGGCCCUGCAGGCCCUGGUGGACUGGCUGUACCGUGUAGAACCCCAGCUGGCUGAAGACCUGCCAGUCCACGGAGACCUGGACCUGGUCUCCAACCUCAUGGACUCACACAAGGCCUUCCAGAAGGAGUUGGGGAAGAGGACCACUAGUGUCCACGCCCUGAAGCGCUCAGCCAGAGAACUGAUGGAGACGGGCCGCGACGACACCGCCUGGGUCAAAGUUCAACUGCAAGAGCUCAGCAACCGCUGGGACACAGUCUGUGCCCUGUCCGUCACCAAGCAGACCCGUCUCCAGCAGGCCCUCAAACAGGCGGAGGAGUUCCGCACGGCGGUGCAGCUGCUGCUGGAGUGGCUGUCCGAGGCCGAGCAGACGCUGCGGUUCCGCGGCGUGCUGCCCGAGGAGGCGGAGACUCUGCAGACGCUGCUCCACACCCACCGGAACUUCAUGGCCACGGUGGAGGAGAAGAGGACCGACGUGAACCGGGCAGCGGGCCAGGGCGAGGCCAUCCUCACCACGUGCCACGCCGACUGCAUCACCACCAUCAAACACUGGAUUACCAUUGUCCGCUCCCGCUUUGAAGAGGUCCUCACAUGGGCCAAACAGCACGAGCAGCGUCUGGAGACUGCUCUGACAGAGCUGCUCAACAACGCCACGCUAUUGGAGGAGCUGUUGUCAUGGCUGCAGUGGGCGGAGACCACCCUAGUCCAACGUGACGGAGAGACCCUUCCACAGGACAUCCCUCAGCUCAAAACACUCAUCACAGAACACCAGGUGUUUAUGGAGGAGAUGACCCGGAAGCAGCCUGACGUGGACAAAGUGACCAAGACUUACAAGAGGAAACCAACAGAGCCCCCUAGCAGCCUAGCUGAGAGGAGAGGAGCUCGUAAAAACCAGCAGCAACAACAGCAUCAACAACAGGCGGCAAUGCAAGUCGCCGGGGGAAACCCCCGCUUGACCCAGCUAUGCUCAAGGUGGCAGCAGGUGUGGCUGCUUGCCCUCGACCGCCAGCGGAAGCUCAACGACGCCCUCGACAGGCUUGAAGAGCUGAAAGAGUUUGCCAGCUUUGACUUUGACGUGUGGAGGAAGAAGUACAUGCGCUGGAUGAACCACAAGAAGUCGCGCGUCAUGGACUUCUUCAGACGCAUCGACAAGGACCAGGACGGAAAGAUCACUCGCCAGGAGUUCAUCGACGGCAUCCUGGCCUCAAAGUUCCCCACCAGCAGGUUGGAGAUGACGGCGGUGGCAGACAUCUUUGACCAGGACGGAGAUGGUUACAUCGACUACUACGAGUUUGUGGCGGCGCUGCACCCCAACAAGGACGCCUACCGGCCCACCACCGACGCUGACAAGAUAGAAGACGAGGUGACCAGACAGGUGGCACAGUGUAAAUGUGCCAAGAGGUUCCAGGUGGAGCAGAUAGGAGAGAACAAGUACAGAUUCUUCCUUGGAAACCAGUUUGGUGACUCGCAGCAGUUGCGGUUGGUGCGUAUCCUGCGCAGUACGGUCAUGGUGCGGGUCGGAGGGGGCUGGAUGGCCCUGGACGAGUUCCUGGUCAAGAACGAUCCCUGCAGAGUGCAACAUCCUGGACUUAAGAUCCUUCGCUCCGACUCCAGUAGCGCCAUUUCAUCUCGUAUAGUGACGGUCACUCCUGGCUAUUUCUGCUGCAGAGCCCGAGGCCGUACCAACCUGGAGCUGCGUGAGAAGUUCAUCCUGCCGGAGGGUGCUUCCCACGGCCUGGCGGCGUUCCGCUCCCGAGGCCGGCGCUCCAAACCCGGCUCCCGCACAGCCUCGCCCACCCGCUCCUCCUCCUCGGCCUCGCACAGCGCUCAUAGCUGCGCAUCCUUGCCCUCUGCUCCCGCCACCCCCACCGCCUCCUCUAGGUCCUCAAACUCGCGUGGCUAUGCCAAGCCCUGGCUGGCACACAGUAAAACUCCAACACCAACCAAGUGCCAGUCCUGCCCAGACCACGACCACACCACCCCUGGGCAUGAGGGAGCAGCGUCGGGGUCCAAGCUGAAGAGGCCCACCUUCCACUCCAGCCGAGGGUCUCUGACUGGAGAGAAUGGAGGAGCUACACCCAUUUCUACUAAACCUGGACGUACCGACCCCAAGCGUACCCCAUCGGGUGCCAGUGGUCCGGUCAGCCGGGCGGGCAGCCGAGCGGGCAGCAGGGCAAGCAGCCGGCGGGGCAGUGACGCUUCGGAUGCCUCUGAGCUCCUGGAGACUCGCUCGGCCUGCUCAGACGCCUCGGACACCCCCCGGCGCCCAGGAGCGGCCAAGCCCUCCAAGAUCCCUACCAUCUCCAAGAAGGCCCCAAGCCCCAAGACACCCGCUUCUGGGAAGAAAUAGUGAAGGAGAUGUCAAAAAAACGUCAUAAAAAUGUCAUACAGCCAACCAUAGAGUCGUCAACAUAACAGCGUCAUACAUCUAACUAUCGGGCUGGUUUGACUCCAAGGGCUUCCCCAGCCCCCCAAAACACCAGCCAUGUUGAAAUAGGGAAGAUGUCCAGACUAUAGAAUUAGAUCAAGUAGAACGCACCAUCUCCUUUUCAAAGAGACGCUCUAUAGUGAACAGACUACUGGCGGCCAUAUUGGGUGUCACAUUUGAUCCAAACGUCCAUCCAUAGGGCUUGCAUGGGAUUCAUGCACCAAGACUACUGUAUGAAGGGCAGGGAGAGAGAGAGAGGGAUAGAUAGGGGAAGAUAUCUCUCUUUUCCUCCCUCGUUCACACACUCAAAAAAAAACUCACUGGGGGUGUCGGGUUCGUGCACUUAGACGGAACAGAACUUUCCCCUUUUAAAACCCAGAUCCCAGUUUGCCUUCCAGUCUCCUGUGUGCUCUGUCUCGUAACGGGAUUGUGCUCGACUGUUGUAGAGAAAGCCACAGCAAUUUGAACCGACAACCAACCAACAUAAUGCUGCCUUACUGUGUUACACAUUUCUGUCCGUUUACCUAAUCCGAGUUCCAGAGAACGUUAGGUAGAGCCUUGUAACUACUUUGUGUAUGUACACACUGACACGCACAGAACUGAAGUACACACACACACAUUGAGGGGAGAGAUUAAAUGACUCAGAACUUCCUGGAGAAUGGCAUUCAAAAGAACUGGAUUGUGGGUAUUGUGGACAUUUUUUUUCUCUCACCAUGAGUUCAACUGAAAAUAUGCAAUGAUUGCUGUCUUGUUUUUUUUCCUCCCCUGGACUGGGAAGUGAAGCGGAAUGACACUUCAGCAUGUCUGUGGGUCGGGAACAUCUAGACUAGCGUGAAUCUACUGUUCAGUGUCUGGGCGGCGCCACUCUGACCACUUCCUGCACUGAGCUAACUGCCUAAACCUCAAGCCCAGGAGACCGUGGAAGUGGCGGGAAACACACUGCAAUGUCUUCACAAACCACUGCAACAUUGGAAGUGUGUUUAAAGGUGUGAGUGUGUGUUUGAUGGAAUGGAGGGUUUCUCAUGUUGUCCUAUAAUACAGUAUGAAACCUGUGUGUCUGAGAAGAAAAGCACUAUUUCUUGGUGGGACCCCACUAACAGCAAAAACAUGACAGUGUGAAACAAUGUAGUGGAUUGUAAGGACACACAAUUUAAGCGACUAUAAUUCUACGAUUAGAGAUUGAAGACCAGCACACACUGACGGUGUAUCGCUGUAAUUCCACAUUGCCCCUCCCCCUACGUUGCCGCUGGAAACCCCAUAGCCGCAAACACACAUCUUUGUAUACGUGUGUCGUCGUCACCGUGUUACAGGAAUCAAAGGUCAGCGACUUGCGUCACCGUAUGCAAAGAUUUCAUUUGUGAAUGUCUUUCAUUCUGGUUCAUUUAUAAUCCUGUUGUAUUUGGUUUUAGUUUUGCUUUUGUAGUUUAAGAAAACAUUUUUAUUUAUUUUUCAGUUCUGUAUCAUCACCUUGGAGAAUGAUUAGUAUUAAUAUAAUGAAAUCAUGAUCUUUUGUACCAAGGAAAAUGUCUGCUCCUCUCUUCAACGUUGUAUGUUAUUACUUAUUAACUUUACUCAACUAGGAAGCUGACUUGAUUUCCAUGGCAGCCUUUUUUGCUAAUGACUACAACUCCCUGAACAUGACCAAAGGGGGUUGCCUUUAUUGUGUUGACAAAAGAACUACAAAUAUGGAUGACAGGGAACCGAACCCCUAGUGUCCCUCCUUACAGGCGUUUGAAUUGUCAUGUCUUUGAUGGCUGCAAAUGUGCUCCCCUAUUUCUUAAUGUGAGAGCUAAAGUAUAUGAAAACUUAAUGAACGCAAAUGUCAUCUUGAGGUGAUUUUAUUUAUUUAUUGUCUCUUUGGGGGCGGGGAUCCGGGGACGCCGACGAGGAACCCACCUUCUGAUGCGGUGUUAUUCUCUGUGAUGAAGAGAAAAUAUGUCGGUGGGAGGGGGGGGUUAGAAGUCAAUUGUGUAAAAUAAAAAAGCUAAGAUUAUAAA